AUGGCUAUGCAUGACAUCGACCUCUUGCCUCUCAACCCCGACCUCUCCUAUCGCUUCCCAUCCGACGGUCCGUUUCACGUGUCGGCACCUAAUCUGCACCCGAAAUACCACUACAAGACAUUCGUCGGCGGAAUACUUGUUAUAAGUGGCCAACACUUUGAGAGAGUCAACGGAAUGUCUAAUAACUACUGGGGAUGGGGUCUCGAAGACGAUGAAUUCUAUGUCCGACUCAAAGAAGCAAAUCUUGUCGUUUCAAGACCUGAAGACAUCACCACAGGAAUUAACGAUACGUUUAGUCAUAUCCAUAAUCCCAGCCGUAAGAGAGACACCGUUCGUCUUUUCAACCAAAAAGAGAUAACUCGUAAAAGGGAUCGAAAGACAGGUCUGAAUUCAGUGCAAUUCCGAUUGAAA